AUGGGUAACACUAGCUCGAAACCAUCUUCAAGGAAAAAAAAGAGCGGAAAUGAUAGCACAACAGCCUUCACACGCACAGAUACUGCACAAUCAGGCAAAUCGGUCAAGUCGUCACGAUCGGUGAAAUCGGCCAAAUCGGCCAAAUCCAAACGGUCACAUUCGUCUUCUGCUGGUGGUGGCACAGGUGGUGCCCCGUCUUCAACCACAGCGUUCGAUUCCGAAACGAAUCUGGACGCAGAGCCUGAAACGCUCAAAGCUACAGCGUCUUUUUCCAGACGAAAUAGCGCCAUUUCAGGCUCGCAACCACCUCUCUCACAUCGUGGAAGUGCCAAUAGCGUCGGCAACACAUACAGCAAGUUCCAGUCCCAAGUGGUGAGUGGAGACCUACCCCCGUCAAUGAUACAAAUGGAACCAAAAUCACCGAUUUUGAAAAACUCAACCACACUCUCCAGUCUGGGCGGUGGAAAUAGCACCACGUACCACGAAUCGGCAGUCACAGACGAUGAAAAUGACGAAAACGACAUCCACCACCAUCGUCGGAAAAGUAACGAUUCCAGACGAUAUUCUCAAAAAUCGCCUUCCGCAGCAAGCAGGAGUAACAGCACCUCUUCCAGUUCCAGGCGGAAACCGGGCCCGCAUCUGGAAGUGCCCGAAAAUUCCUUGCCUGUACAACCGACACGUACGUCGUCGCAUUCAUCCGCGGGCAAUCACAGCCGAAAAUCGUCUUUUGGUAGUACGAUGGGCAACACUGCAUAUAGCACACCAAUGAACUCUCCCGGAGUUUUCAAAAAUUCUCAAGACGAAUAUUUUUCCGAUAAACAAUCGGAUACUCACAUCGGCAGUCCUCAAGGAUUGCGUUCAAGAUCAAGGCGAAAUUCGGUUGAUGAAUAUCCGCACGACAUCUCGCAUAGUGUCGAUAUUGACGACGAUACCAACACUUCCAUCACCACAAAGACCACAAAACGUAAAAAAUCAAUAAGGCCCAUCGAUGUGGAUGAAAUUAUUCAAAAGCUUUUAGAUGCUGGCUAUUCUGGCAAACGAACCAAGAACGUUUGUUUGAAGAAUUCCGAAAUCGCACAGAUCUGCAAUCAGGCGCGUGAGAUUUUCUUGUCUCAACCUUCAUUACUUGAGCUUUCGCCGCCCGUGAAGAUUGUCGGAGACGUGCAUGGUCAAUAUGCUGAUCUUUUGAGGCUGUUUACGAAAUGCGGCUUCCCACCAGCGGCAAAUUACUUGCUACUCGGCGACUAUGUUGAUAGAGGUAAACAGUCCUUGGAAACCAUCCUGCUUCUUCUGUGCUACAAGAUCAAGUACCCCGAGAAUUUCUUUCUCUUGAGAGGUAAUCACGAAUGCGCCAACGUUACCAGAGUCUACGGGUUUUAUGACGAGUGUAAACGCCGAUGCAAUAUAAAGACCUGGAAGAUUUUCAUCGACACAUUCAACACUUUACCCUUGGCGGCCAUUGUUGCCGGUAAGAUCUUCUGUGUUCACGGUGGGUUGUCACCAGUUUUAAAUUCCAUGGACGAAAUUCGACAUGUCAGCAGGCCUACUGACGUUCCCGAUUUUGGCCUGAUCAAUGACCUUCUGUGGUCAGACCCCACCGAUUCACCGAACGAGUGGGAGGAUAAUGAACGUGGCGUGAGCUAUUGUUACAACAAAGUUGCCAUCAACAAAUUUUUGAACAAAUUCGGUUUCGAUUUGGUGUGCAGGGCACAUAUGGUCGUUGAAGAUGGCUACGAAUUUUUCAACGAUAGGAGUCUGGUAACUGUGUUUUCGGCUCCAAAUUACUGUGGUGAAUUCGACAACUGGGGGGCUGUCAUGAGCGUAAGCGAAGGAUUACUUUGCAGCUUCGAAUUGCUGGAUCCCUUGGAUAGCGCUGCCAUCAAGCAAGUCAUGAAAAAAGGUCGACAAGAAAGAAAACUAGCUAAUCAACAGCAGCUAUCCCAAGAAUGA